AUGCGGCGACCGUCGCGCGAAGGACCUAGUGGCGGGCUGAGGAGGAUAGUAGCACCUGGACACUAUCGACGGUCAUAUCCGAACGCACAGCGUCGAGGCGACCAACGCGCUCGGCGAUGGAUUCUCCGCUGGCUUGCUUGGCGAGCGCUAGUGGCUGCCGCGGGGCGAGGGACCAUCGUGCAGGGCUCAGACGAAAUCAGAGAAAGAGUGAUGUCGUGUGGGACCAAAACGUCAAGGCCACGGGCUCUUCUGUCCAGCGUUGAGUGCAAGUUGAAGCGGUCUCUGUCACUGGGGCCGCCAUCGCCGCCAGUGUAUGGAGGUUCGUGUGCAACCCCAUCCAGUCAGUGA